AUGAAGAUGUAUAUGCCAAAUACACGCUGGACCUGGUCGUUUGUUAUUGUAACAACAGUCCAGGCAGCUUGUAUCCUCGCGUUCGAGUCAUAUGUCUUCGCUCGUUUCCAGUUACAGCUUAUAGGAGAUGCAAGCGCAAACACCGAGUCAAAGACCAUCCCAACCUUCCUGACCCUCUACAUCUUUGGUUUCGUAUACGAACUCGUCCUAGUAUACGAUGCACUCCGUCUUAAGAAUACUAUCCAGGUUAUUGGGCUGUGUAUAUGCAACCUCGGAUUGCUCAUCUAUGGGGCCGUCCAAAUCGACCAGAUCGAGGAGGCUGUAAAAUCACUCGACAAAGCUGGCCUCAUCCACCCUUCUGUAUUGGGCGAAAUCAGGCCGUUCCUCGUUGCCAUCCCUUGCAUCACGGGAUUCGGCACGGUUGCCAUGGCCUUCCUUGCCUGGAAACUAUAUGACGAGUUUGCCUGGACUAUCUAUAAGCAUAUCAGUGCUGAUCUGCGGAUGAAGCGUCGCUACCUUACCUAUCAGAUCUACAUUGCCCUGUUGAAGUUCGAUUUCUUCUUCUUCCUUGGGUUCACGGUCCAAUUUGUGGUUGUUGUGACUGAAACAAAGACUAUUGAGUUCGCUCUCACGCUUGCUGCCAUACCAGUCACCAUCCUGAUCUUGGUCAUGGCUGCAUUCUGGACCAGACGUGAAAACACCGUUGGCAUGGUAAUUGUUAUCCUGCUCUAUUUCGGAGGCUUUGCCUACUUCCUCUUCAAGCUAAUACGGAUGUAUUCGCCUGAGAAGAUGGCGGCGUAUCUCCCCGCCCGUCGAUCUCUUACCUUCUUCGCCGUUGCAACCAUCAUUCUUAUUAUAAUGACAAUUGCCAAUGCUAUAGUGUGCACACUCAAUUUCAACAAGGGCUUGAAGCCACACAUCACAAGCAAGAAGAGACCACGCGGUGCUGAAAAGGGAGAGGGCACUGAGCUUAACGACCAGUUCUCUCACGGCCCUGUGCCGAGCCGCAUGACCAUCGAUUGA